AAAGGAAAAGAAAAGGUGGGAAUGGCGCCAAGAUUGGCGCCAAAAACAUCAAGAAGAUUUUCCCAUAGGGUUGAUGACAUUUUGUUCAUAAUCACAAAGAUUCACAAACACUUCCUUCCAAUCUCUCCAACCUCACGGAUCCAACAUGGACAAGGACAACAAUGCCAUCGCAGCGCCGACGGGAUGCUACAAGUGCGGGAAGCCGGGCCACUGGUCUCGUGACUGCCCUUCCUCCGCUCCAAAUCCCAAUCCUACUUCCAAUUCUUCCAAACCUCCUUUCUCCUCUGCUCCUGCUGCUCCUUCAAAAGCUGUAGAAAAGCCAAAGAAAGCCCCCAGAACCAGGCCCAAGCUCACUCCCGAGCUACUCCUUUCUGAGGAUGGUCUAGGUUACGUCCUUCGCCAUUUUCCUCGUGCUUUCAAGUAUCGCGGCCGUGGACACGAGAUCAGUGAUUUGGAAAAUCUUAUUGGAUUAUACAGGGAAUGGCAUUCUCAUAUACUCCCUUAUUACUCUUUCGAGCAUUUUGUACAUAAGGUGGAACAGGUAGCUGCUACGAAACGUGUAAAGAUGUGUCUUGGAGAACUAAGAGAGAGAGUUGCCAGGGGAGGGGAUCCUACGAAGUGGCGUGAGGCACCAAUUUUAAAUGAUGAUGAUGAUGUCAACAAUGAAAAAGAAGCCAAGGAUCCGGAGGGUGUAUUCGAUAAUCCAGAAGAGGCGUCUUUGAGGAAUAAUGGUGCUGAUGACAUUGAAGAGGACAUGCUUCAGGAAGUUUAUGAGAAAGCUACGGAAGAACCGUUGCAGAAUGAACAAAGUGAUUCCUUAACCACUGGUGGAACUAUGGAAGGUGUGGCCAACCAAGAACCCAACCAAGAACCAAAGACUAGUAAUUCAAGUGAAACAAGUGAGCUCACAGAGGAACAGAGAGUUCGAAUGGAAGCAAACAGGUUGAAGGCCUUAGAAAGAGCUGCAGCCAAGGCCCGCUCGUUGGCUACCGUUUAAAUAACAUUCGAAGUGAUGGUUUUUGGCUUGUGAAAGGUUCAACCACCUUUGGGAGUUUCUUCCUCAAAUCUCCAAAAAUUUUCCCUAAAUUUCGACGAAUGAGUCUUUAGAAUGUCAAUUUGCAAUUUUAUAUGCUCAUUUUUUGAAAGGUUUAUGUUAAGUUAUUAAUCAAUUGAGCCUGCAUUGUAAAUUAAUAAUUUGAAGUUUAUCAAAUUUUUUCUUUUGUA